GAGGGGAGCGCUCUGGGAUGGGACUUGGAGCAGGCGGCGGAGGAGGAGACGGCGGCAGCGGCGCGGGCUUCUUCCUCGGCUCCCACGAGCGAUCCUCGAGGACAGCCGCGGCCCCCGGCGAGGCGAGGAGGCCAGAGAGGAAGACCCGGGCGGCCGCGCCCCUGUCUCGCUUCCCGGGCGCCGUCGGCGGCGGCUGCAGCCUCUCCCCUCUUACUGGUCUUGAAAAUGGAAAAGAUGCUUGCCGGCUGCCUUCUGCUGAUCCUGGGACAGGCCGUCCUCCUCCCCGCUGAGGCCAGGCAGCGGCCACACACGAGGGCCACCUCCAGAGGCAGACAGGCUCGGACCCACCCCCAGAGGGCCCUCCUGGAGAGCUCCUGUGAGGAUAAGCAGGCAGACCUGGUCUUCAUUAUCGACAGCUCCCGCAGCGUCAACACCCAUGACUAUGAAAAGGUUAAGGAGUUCAUCGUGGACAUCUUGCAGUUCUUGGACAUUGGUCCUGACGUCACCCGGGUGGGCCUGCUCCAAUAUGGCAGCACCGUCAAGAACGAGUUCUCCCUCAAGACCUUCAAGAGGAGGAUCGAGGUGGAGCGUGCCGUCAGGAGGAUGCGGCAUCUGUCCACGGGCACCAUGACGGGUCUGGCCAUCCAGUACGCCCUGAACAUCGCAUUCUCAGAAGCAGAGGGGGCCCGGCCCCUGAGGGAGAAUGUGCCACGGGUCAUAAUGAUCGUGACGGAUGGGAGGCCACAGGACUCAGUGGCCGAGGUGGCUGCAAAGGCACGGGACACGGGCAUCCUAAUAUUUGCCAUUGGCGUGGGCCAGGUGGACUUCAACACGCUGAAGGCCAUUGGGAGUGAGCCCCAUGAGGACCAUGUCUUCCUGGUGGCCAACUUCAGCCAGAUCGAGACGCUGACCUCUGUGUUCCAGAAAAAGCUGUGCACGGCGCACAUGUGCAACACCCUGCGGCAUAACUGUGCCCACUUCUGCAUCAACACCCCUGGCUCUUACGUCUGCAGGUGCAAACAGGGAUAUAUUCUCAACUCGGACCAGAAGACCUGCAGAAUCCAGGACCUGUGUGCCAUGGAGGACCACGGCUGUGAGCAACUCUGUGUGAACGUGCCGGGCUCCUUCGUCUGCCAGUGCUACAGUGGCUACUCCCUGGCCGAGAAUGGGAAGAGGUGUGUGGCUGUGGACUACUGUGCCGCGGAAAACCACGGGUGUGAACAUGAGUGUGUAAACGCUGAUGGCUCCUACUCUUGCCGGUGCCGUGAAGGAUUUGCUCUUAACACAGAUGAAAAAACAUGCUCAAAGAUAGACUACUGUGCCUCACCUAAUCAUGGAUGUCAGCACGAGUGUGUUAACACAGAUAAUUCCUAUUUCUGCCGCUGCCUAAAAGGUUUUACCCUGAACCCAGAUAAGAAAACCUGCAAAAGGAUCAACUACUGCGCCCUGAACAAACCGGGCUGCGCGCACGAGUGCGUCAACACGGAGGAUGGCUCCUACUGCCGCUGCCGCCGCGGCUACACCCUGGACGCCAACGGCAAGACCUGCAGCCGGGUAGACCACUGUGCGCAGCAGGACCAUGGCUGUGAGCAGCUGUGCCUGAACACGGAGGAGUCCUUCGUCUGCCAGUGCUCAGAAGGCUUCCUCAUCAAUGAGGACCUCAAGACCUGCUCCCGGGUGGAUUAUUGCCUGCUGAGCGACCACGGAUGUGAAUACUCCUGUGUCAACACGGACAGAUCCUUUGCCUGUCAAUGUCCCGAGGGACACGUGCUCCGCAGCGAUGGGAAGACAUGUGCGAAGUUGGACCCUUGUGCUUUGGGGGACCACAGUUGUGAACAUUCCUGUGUAAGCAGUGGAACCUCUUUCGUGUGCCAGUGCUUUGAAGGGUAUAUUCUCCGUGAAGAUGGAAAAACCUGCAGAAGGAAAGAUGUCUGCCAAGCAGUAGACCAUGGCUGUGAACAUGUGUGUGUCAACAGUGGCGAAUCAUACAUGUGCAAGUGCUUGGAAGGAUUCCGGCUUGCAGAGGAUGGGAAACACUGCAGAAGAAAGGAUGUCUGCAAAUCGACCCACCAUGGCUGCGAGCACAUUUGUGUUAAUAAUGGCAAUUCCUACAUCUGCAAAUGCUCAGAGGGGUUUGUUCUAGCCGAGGACGGAAGACGGUGCAAGAGAUGCACUGAAGGCCCAAUUGACUUGGUCUUUGUGAUUGAUGGAUCCAAAAGCCUGGGAGAAGAGAAUUUUGAAGUUGUGAAGCAAUUUGUCAGUGGAAUUAUAGAUUCCUUGGCGAUUUCCCCCAAAGCUGCUCGAGUGGGGCUGCUCCAGUAUUCCACGCAGGUCCGCACAGAGUUCACCCUGAGAAACUUCAACUCUGCCAAAGACAUGAAAAAAGCCGUAGCCCACAUGAAAUACAUGGGCAAGGGCUCUAUGACUGGGCUGGCCCUGAAACACAUGUUUGAGAGAAGUUUUACCCAAGCAGAAGGGGCCAGGCCCCCCUCCGCACGGGUGCCCAGAGUGGGCAUCGUGUUCACCGACGGACGGGCUCAGGACGACGUCUCUGAAUGGGCCAAUAAAGCCAAGGCCAAUGGUAUCACUAUGUAUGCUGUUGGGGUAGGAAAAGCCAUUGAAGAAGAACUACAAGAGAUUGCCUCUGAGCCCACAGACAAGCACCUCUUCUAUGCUGAAGACUUCACCACAAUGGGCGAGAUAAGUGAAAAACUAAAGAAACGCAUCUGUGAAGCUCUAGAAGACUUUGAUGGAAGACAGGACUCCCCAGCAGGGGAACUGCCAAAGAGAGUCCACCAGCCAACAGAAUCUGAGCCAGUCACCAUAAAUAUCCAAGACCUACUUUCCUGUUCUAAUUUUGCAGUGCAACACAGAUACCUGUUUGAAGAAGACAAUCUUUUACGGUCUACACAAAAACUUUUCCAUUCGACAAACUCUGCAGGAAGCCCCUUGGAAGAAAAACAGGAUCAAUGCAAAUGUGAAAACCUUAUAAUGUUCCAGAACCUUGCAAAUGAAGAAGUAAGAAAAUUAACACAGCGCUUAGAAGAAAUGACACAGAGAAUGGAAGCCCUGGAAAAUCGCCUCAGAUACAGAUGAAGAUUAGAAAUGCUCUACAUUAUCUGUACAUCAUUGCAUCAAAAAUUACAAUUAAAGCAGUUCGGAGCCCCAAAGCUCAGGCUUAGGUUGAUAAUGUUGUGAAGUAAAACAAAACCAGUACUGAGAAAGCUGGUUUGCUAUAGAACAAAGACAAAAAGUAGACACUAACUUGUAUAAAUUUAUUUAGGAAAAAAAAAUCCUUCAGAAUUCUAUGAGUUUACCAUGAGAAUAAAUAAGCUAUGCAAGGUAUUUUGUAAUAUACUGUGGACAUGACUUGCUUCUGCCUCAUCCUGCCUUAGUGUUGCAAUCUCAUUUCACUAUAAGAUGAAGUUUGCGCAGUCUUACUGCUGUAGAACACUGGCCAUAGGAAAUGCUAUUUUUUUGUAUUGGACUUUAAUUUGAUAUAUGUAUAUGGAUGUAUGCAUAAAACACAGGACCUAUGUACUUGUGUAACAUGUUGGAUUUUUUAUACGAUAUUAAAAUUCACUUCAGAGAAUGGUAUUGUGUAAAAUUCUUAAUUUAACUUUAAAUGCAAGAUAUGUAUACAUGAGAAAUAGCCAAUAUGUGUAUGAAAAAAUGUUAUGAAAAAAUCUUACCAGUAAUCAGAAAAAUGCAGGUUAAAAUGAUGAUACCAUUUUUCACCCAUCAACUUAGUAAAAAUGAAUGUAACUGACUAUUGGUAAGGAUGUGGCAAUAUGGGGCUGUUAUAGGGAGAGAGCAAAUAACAGUCUCUUUGGAGAAUGAAUCUGCUGAUAUCUCAUAAAACUGAAAAUACACACAACCCUGUAACUAGCAACUGCACUUAAUAGUUACCUAAUUGGAUGAUUUUAACACAUACUUACAAGGAGAUCUGCAUAAGAAUGUACUAGAGUUUGUAAAAGCAAUAAAUUAGAAACAACCUAAAAUAUCAGAAGGGGAACUGAUAAACUACGUAGUCCAUGCCACAGAAAUACUAUACAUUUACAGGAAGGCACUGAAUCUCCACAAAUACAUGGUAAAACUCAAAAA